GUCCCUUCUUUCCCAGUUGGGCUCCAGCUGACAUGAUGACCCUGUGGUAGGACCAUAGCCCAGUUUCAGGAUCAAUGAAGGAAGAAAGGAAAGCAGGACGGUGGGAGGUAUCUGUUCAGUGGUAAGUAUACUUUUGUCAACUUCUGAGAGCUGCCGGAAUACCUUAGGAAUUCAGAGACCAGAGAAGCAAUGCUUGCCAGGAUAAGGACUUCAGCAUCCUUUGAUGUUUGGAGCAGACUGGAGAGAAGUUGAGAGGAUUGGAUCAGGCUUAGAUAUGACCUGAAUCUGCCCAAACUGGAAGGUUCCUUGGUCCCGCAAGAAAUUGAAGAAACAAAUGGAGAGGAAGAACAACACUUGAAAAGUCCACUGGCACAGGGCAUGGUUCUACCAACUCUCCACCUGCCUUCUUGACUCCCGGAGGUUGUUAGCCCAGCAUUUCCCAAGUCGCUUUUUACCAUGGCCUGUAGCAGUUCCCUCAGGGAUGAGUUUAUCGUAGGAGGAAAGUAUCAUCUAAUAAAGAAGAUUGGGUCCGGCGCGUUUGGUGACAUUUAUCUAGCAACCAAUCUGCUGACGGGCCAGGAUGUGGCUGUGAAACUUGAAUCCCAGAGAAGCAAGCACCCUCAGUUGUUGUAUGAAAGCAAGGUCUAUAGGAUCCUCCAGGGCGGGGUGGGCAUCCCCCACAUGCGAUGGUUCGGUCAAGAGAAAAGUUACAAUGUUCUUGUUAUGGAUUUGCUGGGACCCAGCUUAGAAGAUCUCUUUAAUUACUGUUCCCGUAAAUUCAGUUUGAAGACCGUCGUAAUGUUAGCUGACCAGAUGAUCACCAGGAUCGAAUAUCUGCAUAGUAAGAACUUCAUACAUAGAGAUAUUAAACCUGAUAACUUCCUGAUGGGUAUGGGACGUCACCGCAACAAGUUAUUUCUUAUUGAUUUCGGUUUAGCCAAAAAAUAUCGAGAUGGCAAAACCAAACAGCAUAUCCAGUACCGAGACGAUAAACAUCUAACUGGCACUGCUAGGUACGCCAGCAUAAAUGCUCAUCUUGGUGUAGAACAGAGUCGUCGGGAUGAUCUGGAAUCACUUGGCUAUGUACUAAUGUAUUUCAACAGAACAAGCCUUCCAUGGCAGGGACUAAGAGGGGCAAGCAAGAUGCAGAAAUAUGAAAAGAUUAGCGAGAAAAAGAUGACCACACCUAUUGAAACAUUAUGCAAGGGCUUUCCACCAGAAUUUGCCAUCUACCUCAACUACUGCCGCUCUCUGCGUUUUGAAGAAACCCCGGAUUAUUCAUAUCUGAGGCAACUAUUCAGCCUCCUUUUCAGAUCCCUGGCCCAACCACACCAGGAAGGCGACUAUACCUUUGACUGGACCAUCCUGAAGCAGAGAUCACAGCAAGCAGGCGUUUUUAGUGGGCUGAUUUAUCAGGGUCACUUCCCAAUAGGUUUCUAAGAAGCAAGAAGGGCAAUUCCGAUCAAAUGAUCGGAUAAAAAUGUAAUGAUUUUGUCUUGACUUUUACAAAUUGUUGGAGCAACUGUUGAUUAAGAACUUUAAUUCAAAAAGCAAAAAAAAAAACCAAAAAAACACACACAACACCUUAAUUCCAGAAAGCAAAGAAAGAACUUCACCUGAGAAAGCAAAGAACUUCAUUUGAGAAAACAACAAAAACAAGAAUUUAAUUUCAAUAUAAACUUCAGUGGUAGACAAGAUGUUAAAGACUCAAACUCCACCAGAUUCCUAAGCUUGGCCCUGAUAAGGCAAAGAUCGUAAGAUAAGUUAUUACUCUUCAGUUCUAGAAAUACCAGAACAUUAUGGACAUUUGCCAAUAGGGCAAUCUUUUACAGCUUAAUUUUAGUAUUAACUGGCUCUGGGUAUCCUGAGAUAGAACAUGUGGUGUCCACUUGUUUCUUUGUUUUGGGGGGGGUGUAUUUUUUUUAGGUACAAAACUCUUUACUAAGUGGUUGGCACAGGUCAUUUUUGAAAUAUACUGUUUUGACAUCUCAUUCAGAACUGCAUGAACAGUCUUUAACCCAUUUGGAACAUUUGCAAUUACCCACAAUUGGGCACAUACAGAUUUUUCCCCCUCCUGGAAGUUUGGAAACUGUAAACUCAAACCUUCCUAAACUUGGCUAAAUUGUAUUCGCAAGUCAGCAGCUAGAGAAACCCAGUUUGGGGGGUUUUUUUGUGUGUUUUUUUAAAGGAUCUGAAAGACUGUCCACUUACCAUGCUAGAAAUAACAUCAUCUUAGAUGAAGAUUUAAGAAAAGAUCUUGUUGACUGCUAGAUUACCAUCUAGAACUCUAUCAUCUCUACAGAUUCCCUUGUAUACAAAAGAAAAACAGCAGAUAUGCCACAGAAAGAUACAAGACAUCAUACGAUUGAACUACUAUCUAGAAGUGAGCCACUUCCAUCAUUGAGCCACUUGCCUUUUCUUCAGUUUGACAAGAGAAGAAUCAGAAAUUUGGUGAAUUUGCUAACAUCUUGACUGGAGAUAAAGCUCAUUUGGACAAAAUACAAAUUACAUCUUUCCACAAAAAUGAUGGUUCCAGUUGAAGACACAACAUUCCAUAAUUAGAUGAUCUAGACACUUGUGCUGUGGCUUAUUUUGCUGAAUUUUAAUGUAACCAAGGGGACGGCUAGGAAAGAGAUUGGGAGGGUUAUUACCAUUUCUACUAUGUUAACCCAAUGGAGGGGAUACAGUUCUUUUUAAGUGUUGGGAAUUUGCCAUUUCAACUUGUUUGAAUGUCUCCAUUUGGAAAAAUAAUAACAAGUAAAUGCCAGCUUGGGGAGGGACUGGUCUAAUCUCAUAUUAUUGUACAAAUGUUCAAAUGACCUAUAUGUGCAUUUUAAAAGGUAUCAUUUGUGUUUUGGUUGACCACCCGCUAAGAAAAAGGGGAUAUAGAAGAUUGUGCUGAAGAUUGAGAUUUUCUCCUUCAAGGGGACUCAUUUUCAUUUUUCUUACUUCAAGUGUAAGGAGUCAGAUUCUUCAAGUUGCAAAAAUUCUCCCUGGGAAUAAGACUUGGCCAGCAGUGAAACUGACCAUUUUAUGGUGGAAAAAGAUUCACUGAUGCUGUUCUUUCCAUUUGCUUAUAGAUAGCUUCAGUUGCUCUGACGAUAUAGUAAUCUGCAUAUAUCACCAAGCCUCCAAGUGAUCAGCCUGGACCAUUUUUCCACACUGUCAUCUGUUCCCCAGCUCAUGCCCAGCAUAAACAUCUGCCCUAUUGGGCAUAUUUUGAAGCCUCAUUAAUACAAGAAUUAGCAGUAAAUUGGAGCAGUCCAGUAGUGCCUUGUAUAAAAGACGACUGAAAUGGGCCUAACCUUGAAUAUAGGACUAGGAUCGGAGUAGAGCUUAUGUUAAGUUCUUUGCCUUGCUGACCUUUAGGAAACACAGGCAUCUGGGAACCUGUUCAGUGUUUUAAAAUAUUUAGUAGUUAUCCACAGCUUUCAGAAGGCUCUUUGAACUUACAUUAAAUGUAUAGUUUGCCUUCCCUCAUUUGUGCAUAAGAAAUAAUAUUAAAACAUUUCAGUACUUGGAUAAUAUGAGUCUAGCACUCCAACUCUGCUGCCACAAACCCAUAUUUUGAACACAUCAUGGUUCCGUUGUCAUGUUAUCAUUACAUCAAACUUUGCAGUUUUAAGUACAUUCAGGUAAAAGUUAUGUAUUUGCAAAGCACUGUAUAAAUUUCCAUGAAAGGUACAUCCAAGACAAGUUUAUUUACUAAAGUAUCUUUGGGAACAAAAGAGCUAGUGCUAAAAUGUAUUAUUUGAAAAGUCAGUUUUUCGUUGGUUGUAAGGUGGUCAUUCCAAAAACAAACUUCAGCUGCUUUCUUUUUUUUAACAACAAACAAUUUGAAGUCAUUCCAACUGAGAAAAUAAAAGUCUGAUU